AUGGCAGAAGAUGACAUGUCACUGCCGAAGCAGACCUUAAACGAGUAUAGAAAUGAAAUCCCAGACGAUAAGCUGACAUUAUCCAAAUGUUUGGAUAGUUUAAUGGUAUUUGCAAAUUCUCAUCUGAUAAUGCAUCACAUUAACAAGCUGGCCAUCAUAAGUGCACACUCAAAUGGUAACUUCUUUCUGUAUCCUAAAAGAUCGAGCAAUGAACAUGUUCAAGCAGUGAAUGGAGAUGAGAGCCAUGAUAUGAAAUAUGAAUUAUUUGAAAGAAUGAAUGAAGACGUCUACUUUGUUGUGUUGCAUAAUGUAGUUAUAGAUGCUUGCAUUUUGGAAUCCGACUCUGGACUAUUGCAACAGGCCUGUGAUAUCACAGGAGGCAUGUACCUAAAGAUCCCUCAGUCUGCUGGCUUACUGCAGUACCUACUGUGGGUGUACCUGCCUGACCCCGUGUCUCGAGAGAAGCUGAACCUUCCCCCCAGGGUACAGGUGGACUACAGGACAGCCUGCUUCUGUCAUAGGAACCUCAUAGACAUCGGAUAUGUGUGCUCCGUGUGCCUCUCAAAAAUGUGCAUUUUCUGCAACUUUAGUCCAAUCUGCUCAACCUGCCAAACCACGUUCAAGAUAAUGGCACCUCCAAAGCUGGCAAAGAAGAAAUCGAAGAAGGCUGCAGGAUGA